GCUGCUCUGCUCUCAACUCAGUUACUGAAAAAGCAUUUGUUGGGGUCCAGGGUAUCUGGUUAAUGACUCAGGAAUUUAGAAGAAGAUACAUCAGGGCCAGCGCAGGAGGCUUAUGAGAGUGGCUUCUGCAUAAGCCUGUGGCAGUCACCCUCUAUCAGCCUGGAUGCCUUGAGAAGGGAUAAUCUUCAGCUGUCUUGGAAAAUGGGAAGGGGAAACAUUGGAGGAGGAGAUGUGGGAGGGGUGAUCUGGGCAGAGGUGGUUCAGAGAAGGGUGAAUGGUUGCAGAGGGAGGGGUGUCCUGUAAGGUACCCACAGCACCCCAUAGACCAUGCAAGCAUGGGGGUUUAUCCCUACCUUCCAAAACUCAUACUCUACAAGGAGAGUUAGAGAAGGACACAGUGAUGGAGACCAUUACUUCAUUCUCUGCUUUUCUAAAUUAACCCAUCUGAUGAGUAUAGACAAUGAUGGAAAAGUGAGAGAAUGUGCAUCACCCCAAAUCUCAUUACCGAGAGACAAACAAGUUCUAGUAAAUGCCCUGCUCUACCUUUUCUAGCAUGGUCUGUCCCAUCCACGUACAAACACUGCUUAGGAAGAGGACUGUUGUGAUUCCGUGUGCGCUAUUGUGUCAUCCGUGCUUUUUCACUAAAUGCUUUUCCGUAUCUAUACACGAGUCUCGGUCACUGUUCCCUGUGGCUGUGUGGUGGCAUAAACAUGGAAGUGCCAAUGAGAAGAUCGUUCUAUAGUUUUCACUGCCAUGGAUGGCUCUGAUGUUCGUCAUACACAUUUAUUUUUUUGGCACUUGUCUGAUAAUGUCCUAGGAGGGAACUGCUGGCUCAAAGGACUUGAAUUUUUCUUUUGUAAAUUUGCUUAUUUGAAUGCAGAUACUUACAGAAAAGGCACAAGCCCUGAGUUUACAGCUCAGUGAAGUUUUGCCAAAAACCAUGCCCUAUUCAAGGCAGGGAACCUUUCCAGCUGCCCAGGAUCCCCUAUACCUCUUCUUAGCAUUCCCAUUGCACCCCCACAGGGCCCCUCGUUUGUUCAAUAUGUGAGAGUCAUCUGUGUUGCUUUAUGGAACAGCAGUUCUCUUUUGUUGCCAUAUAGUGUUCUUUUGUGUGAACAUACCGUAAGUUAUUUUCCGUUCUACUUGUGGAAGACAUCGGGUUGUUUGCGGUUUGGGUCGUUGCGGAUGAACUGUUGUGAACUUCCUCAUGUAUGUGUCUCUCCUGGCUCACAGAGUGUGCGUUCCUGUUGUGUACGUACCUAGGAGUAGAGUUGCUGGUCAGAAGACACGCAGAGUCUGCUUUAGACAAUGCAGUUUUCCAAAGUGGCAGCUCCCGCUUAAACUCCCAGCACAGGGACUGUGAGCUCUGUUUGCGGCACAUCCCGGCUGGCGCUGGCUUGUCUCUUAUUUUCACGUUCUGGUGGAUGUGCUGUUAUAGCAUGCCAUGCUUUUAACCUGUAUAUCUUUGAGGUAUAAAGUGGUUCAGCACCUUUACGUGUUAAUUGGCCAUUUGCAGUGGAGGAGUGGGUGGAACCCUCAGGAGUGGGAAGGGAGCAGUGAUGAAAGUAGCCGUCAUGCAGCUGCUUGUUUUCAAGACUCAGUGCAUCAGGCAUGGUGCUGGCACAGUGCUGAGUGCUUGCCAGUCAUUCUGUUGUUUAAUCCUCUUCCAUUCUCAUGACAGUGCUGUAAGGUAGCAGCUGGUAUGACCCUUGUUAUUGAGAUGGGGAAAUUGAGGCUCACAAAGGUAGGUAAAUUGCUCCAGGUCACUUGGCUGGCAAGUGGGGAUCAGGAUAAAAUCCUAAGUAUUGCUGGUGGUGUUGAUCUCUGAGGGGUCACACAGCAGGACCCCACCUGGCUGCCUGUCACCGUCUGUCUUCCUCCUGGUAAACAGCUGUACAGGAGGAGUUUGGGAAUAUGUGUGUUGAGUCAAGGAAGGAAGGAAUAGAGAUUUGAGGGCAUCAUGGAGCAUUCUGUGUGGGUGCCUUGAAGUUUGAGGUGCUGGUGGCUCACUAAGGUGCCUCCUCAGACACUUGGGGAAAGCCUUGGGAACAGAUGUGGGCUGCUAUGGAGAGCCAAGAGACCCCCAGCCCAUGCAUGCUUCUACCCCUUCCCCUUAGGGUUGGCAGGUACUUGGUCUUCUACCUUCCAUGUGAGGCGAUUGGUUUUCCUGCCAUGCUUUUGGGUGGAUUAACUGUUGCAAGGGGACCUUACAUUUUCUCAUUUUUUUUUUUCUUUGUCAAAUGUCCUUCCUGAUCUUUGGGGCCUCUCCUUGCUCUGGUCUCCAUGGUGCUGUGAAGCCUCCAUCUUUUGUCCUUUUGGCAGUGGUAAGGACAGGCCUCUUGCAUUCCCACUCAGGUUGUGGGACCAGGAAUGAGCUCAAGGAGUUGACUUCAGGAAAGAUGUCUGGUGGGGAACAAUUGGAUCGACUCAGGGGGAUUAUUCCCCAGGGACUUGACCCGGGAGAAUACACUGAGCAUGUUGGGGAGCUGGAGGAGUGCCUGGAUAAGCCAGUGGGACAGAAGGGCCCUAGGCCAGUCAUGGUGACUAGCAAGGAGAGGGGCCAAGAGUCUGGGGGAAGCCUCAGGUUGGGGUCAAGCCCUAUCCCAGAUCAGAGACCUUACAAAUGCGAUAUAUGUGAGCAAAGUUUUGAGCAGAGAUCAUACCUCAACAACCAUAAGCGUGUACACAGGUCCAAAAAAACAAAUAUAGUUCAUGAUUUUGGGGAAAUGUACAACGCAGAUUCAGUUGUUAAUGAAGAUCAGAAAAUUCUUAUUGGGAAAAAACUGCAUUACUGUAGCUACUGUAGGAAAACCUUCAGGUAUAGUGCUAACCUUGUUAAGCAUCAGCGGCUUCACAGUGAGGAGAAGCCCUACAAGUGUGAUGAGUGUGGGAAAGCCUUCAGCCAGAGCAGUGAGUUCAUCAAUCACAGGAGGGUGCACUCAGGGGAGAUCCCGUACAGGUGUGACGAGUGUGGGAAGACAUUCAAUAGGAGGCCCAACCUCAUGAAGCAUCAGAGGAUUCACACUGGGGAGAAGCCCUACAAGUGUGGUGAGUGUGGGAAACACUUCAGCGCCUACUCUUCCCUUAUUUAUCACCAGAGAAUCCACACUGGAGAAAAACCCUAUAAAUGUAACGACUGUGGGAAAGCCUUCAGUGAUAGCUCAAUCCUUAUCCGACAUCGGCGAACUCACACUGGAGAGAAGCCAUUUGAGUGUAAAGAAUGUGGAAAAGGCUUUACCCAAAGUUCUAACCUUAUCCAACAUCAGCGAAUUCACACUGGAGAGAAACCCUAUAAAUGUAAUGAAUGUGAGAAAGCCUUCAUACAAAAAACCAAACUUGUUGAACAUCAGAGAAGCCACACUGGAGAGAAGCCCUAUGAAUGUAAUGACUGUGGCAAAGUCUUCAGCCAGAGCACACACCUUAUCCAACACCAGAGGAUCCACACUGGAGAGAAGCCCUACAAGUGUUGUGAGUGUGGGAAGGCCUUUCACAACAGUUCUAGACUCAUUCACCACCAAAGAUCGCAUCAUGGAGAGAAGCCAUACAAAUGCACUGAUUGCAAGAAAGCCUUCAGCCAGAGCACUUACCUUAUACAGCAUCGGAGAAUCCACACUGGAGAGAAGCCCUACAGGUGCAGUGAAUGUGGGAAGGCCUUCCGCCACAGCUCCAAUGUGUUUCAGCAUCAGAGGAUUCACCUCCGGGAAGACUUCUCCUCGUGACUGCAGAGGAGAGUCCGUCAGUGCAGAGACCUACUGUGCGCUUCCUUAACCCUCACCUACCUGCCUUUAUUUAUUGUUCACACAGUGUUGUCAGGGUGAAAGGACGUUUGGUAAUUAAAGAAAACUGUUUCCUUAAUCCAAAA